UGUACCGGUCGCGUCCACACUUCCUUCAGGUCGCGCAGUGAGUGUACCGCGGUGAGCGCGCACCGCCCCGCCCGCGACAGACAGACAAACAGUCAGCACCCUCACUAUUACGACAUCUCUCUGACUGUUUGCUGUAGUACGAUUGUAGCUGCGGGUGAUGGACUAACAUUGUGCUGUGUACAUAAAGGUGCUGCUAAUACGUGUCGUUGUUACAUUGAGUUACCGCCGUCGGUAUGAUGGACACUUCCGGUAUGGAUUCCGCUAGUGACCAUAGCAGUCACGCUUCUUCCGGUUCGCCCGCGGUAGCAAUCAAGCAGCCCUCGUCCCCAGUUAACAACAACCACUUGAUCUCGAACAGCCACAAUCAUCAAGUGCACAGUCCGCGCCAGGCCAGUCCUCUGAUACCGCCGAUGUCGAUGGCGCAUCCUCUAAGUCCACCGCCGGUUACGUCGGCGGGUCUUGCGAGAAGUAUAGCCCUCGGUCACAUGCCGCCCCCCGGUCUGGGGUUGCUCAAUUCGCUGGGAGUACUCCAUAACCCUCUGGAUCUCAUGGCACAUCACGCACCCCCGCGUUCUUACAACAGCCCACCCCCGAUAUCGACCUCAGAUCCCACGGCCAACGAAUGCAAGCUGGUUGAUUACCGCGGCCAAAAGGUUGCUGCCUUCAUUAUCGCAGGAGAUACGAUGUUAUGUUUACCACAAGCUUUCGAACUCUUUCUCAAACAUUUGGUCGGCGGUCUACAUACUGUCUACACGAAAUUAAAACGGCUAGACAUUGUGCCACUCGUGUGCAACGUUGAGCAAGUACGCAUCCUUAGAGGUUUAGGAGCAAUACAGCCGGGCGUCAAUCGUUGCAAACUACUCUCUUGCAAAGACUUCGACACCCUCUACAAAGACUGCACCACUGCCAGUUCCAGGCCCGGACGUCCUCCAAAACGAGCACCGGUAGGACUUAGUUUAGCCGCAUCGCAUCAGUAUCAGCAGUUAAAAAAACACCGCAUGGACAACGGCGACUACCCACCUUACGAAAACGGACAUUUGGGCGAUAUGUCGCGACUCGAAAAAUCGCCGCUGUUAGCCAAUGGAUAUAAUCAACCACCGCAUAUGAGUCAUUUACCCUUUAUGCAAUUACCACAUCCUGCCGCCGCUCAUUCCGCUCUACUGUCACCUGGAAUGCCACACAAUUUGGGGAGACCGGAUGGUUCGGUUAUUAAAAAUCAAAUGCCGUCUAUGGAAGCCAUUGCACGAUCCGGCAUCUGGGAAAACUGCAGAGCCGCCUACGAGGAUAUCGUCAAACACUUAGAAAGGUUACGAGAAGAUAGAGGGGAUCCGGAUAGACCUUUACCCUUAGAUCAGAAAGCGAGGGAGAUCAGUUCACGUGGCGGUUCACCAAAUACGAGUCCAGUAUUAAAUUUAUCGAAAAACGCGAGCGGCGGCAGCGCAGGAUCGCCGGUCGACGGCGACCAUUCCGGUAGCGAACCGGACGUACCGCCCUCGCCGCACUCGCCGACGCAUUCCGUUCCGGACGACGACGACGACGAUAACAUCUCCGAUCCGGACGAUGACGAUGAGAAGGAUCAAGACCUGGACGACGGCGAUCUUCCCUUACCGACGGCGCCUGGUAGCGACUCGCAGCACACGGCUUUAAAUUAUUCGACGUUGGCGAGCGCAGUGGCGUCCGUCAACGGACCCGGCCAGGACGCCGCAAUUUCCUCGACCGAAACGCUGUUAAGAAACAUACAGGGUCUCCUGAAGGUGGCGGCGGAAAAUGCCCGACAGCAGGAACGACAAAUCAACUACGAGAAAGGUACAAAUAGCAACAUGGUAUAUUUAUUAUCGCUAGCCCAGUACUACAUGUACCUCGCAGCGACGCAAAAAUGUUGAACAUUUUUUUAGUAUUAUUAAUUGUACAGUCAGGCAAGACGGAGCUCUCAUAAACUUUUGUACAAAUUUUAAAAAAAACGUUACAACCAAAAAUAUUUUUUUAUUUUGUAAUGUAUUUUAUAGCAUGCUGUGUAGUAUUAUUUUCGAUUUUGUGUAAUCCCUCUCUACGUAAUAAUUAUCGUUCAACGCCAGUCUUUCUCAGUGUCAGUCAGCAGUGCCUAUACCACUUUUUUGUGAAACAAUUUCAGAAACUCUCUUUUGGUUGCGCGUUUAAUUAAGAGAUACCGCUCAGUCAAUCGGCACAAAUUUAACAAUUUUAGCGUCAUGCCUGUAGUCCGCAGAGUAAAUGAAUCCUAAAAUUUACAAUUUUACAAAUUAAAAAAAAUAGGUUUUAAAAGUCCCCCCAAAAAAUGAUACCUAUGUAAGAUUUUUGCUGAAUUUUCAAAUUUCUGUUAUGUUGUCAAGAUUGGUACUCUAUAGCUGGUCAUAAAAUGACGUCUCAAAAAAGUUUUAGCUUUAGAUAGGUACACAGAUUGAAAAAAAGUUCAAAAAUGUUAAAAGUUUUCAUCAUUUAAUUCAAUAUCAAUGCCCAGUUAAAAUCAAAAUUGCCAAAAAGCUAUGGAAAUAUUUACAAUGGAAAAUGAAAACUACCCUCAAAGUCGAAAGCAAAUUUUUUUACUGAUUGAUACGACGGCAAUUUUAAAUAAUAUUUUUUGAAUUCAACGACCUUCCAAUAGAAUAUUUCAAAGCCACCGUUCAGCAUGAAGUUGUAUUUCAAAAAAGCGCAAGUUUUUGGUUCUAUAUUCUUAAUUUUUUUAAUUCUUUCAUUAUACCUUUAAAAUUUUAGUUUCAUACGCACAAUAAGUAGCGAAUUGAAGUUAUCAAAAUGCUAUUGCACUGGAAAAUUUACUCCACUUAAUUUCAAGAGGUUUGAU